GGAAGUGACGCCACCAUCAGCGUCAGCUCUGAGGAUGUUUGCAGCUGCAAACGAAACGUUAGCAAGGUAAAGAAAAGCCUUAUCUGUGUUUAACAAAGAACCAAAAAGGGAAUUAGAAGACAAACACAGCAAGAACUUACAAAAGAUGCGGGUAAUCUUUUUAUUUGCUGAAUCCAGGCUAGAAUGCUCCCAAACCUGAGAUGUUUUGGUACGCGUAGCGUUUCAUUGUCGACUAUUUCUAUUGUCGAUAUUUGUCGAAAACGUCGCCGAAUCGUUGCGGCCCUAAUCGGUUAUCGGCCAUAACAGGGUUCUUGAUAUCGGUAUCGGCCCAAAAAUUUCAUAUCGGUGCAUCACUAGUGUGUGUUGUUUUAGUCAAGAGUGUCACACUUGUCAUAUUAGAUGGAUAUAGUUUGUCCUGGGUGAGGGAUGGGCCAUCAUCAUGCAUAGGUCAGAGGGCAUCUACCCCUCCCCAUAAAAAGGCUGCUGUUUGAUGUAGUGUUGGUAGUAAAACAUCAGAAUCAGAUUUAUUACCAUGUACAUGUGAGUCAUCUACUAGGAAUUUGUACAAGGUACAAGGAAGGUGCAAACAUACAUUCAGAUUAAAGUCAGGUGAGGCAGUAUUUACAUUAGGAUACAUCAAAUAAAGAUAAAUAAAAGAAACAUAGUCAGAAAGCAAUCAUAAGCAUAGAAAUGUGGGUGAUCAGGGCAUUUGUGUGUGUUUUGACCAUUCAUCGGGUGUUCAGGAGCCUUACAGCGGAGGGGAAGAAGCUGUUUUUGUGACGCAAGGUUCUAGUCUGUAAGGACCUGAACCUCCUCCCUGAAGGCAGGGUGUCAACAGUCCAUGACCAGGGUGAGAGGGGUCAGCAUAUGAAAACACAUUUCAGAGGUAGUAAAAGGUAGUAAAUUAAACUCUAGGAUUCCUGUAUAAACCUGCUCUUUCCUGAGGAGACACGUUAUUUCUGAAUUAGCCUACUAGCUAACAGCCACCGCUGUAAAUUGUAUGAUGUUAAGGCGUUGUCGUCCAAGAAACAAGGAAUACUGAUGCAGAGGAAAUAGUUCAAAUGAAAACCAAGCCACUGUUGAUCUGUUUGAAAAUCUCUGUCUCAGGAUGAGUUAGUUGUUUUAUAAGAUUAAAUCCGAUCUAUUCCACUUGACUUGGAUCAUUUUUAAAAUGAUGAGAUCAGGGCCGAUUUCGUGAUCAGAUCAGACGAGCAACCCCUAAUCCUUGCACUACUUUUCAAACUCUGGGUGUCUCUUCGCUGAGACGAGCCCGCUCGCUAGAGCAGUUUCCCAGGUGUCAUGGACUACCAUCUGAACAGUGUAGAGUCGAGCUGCUCUAAGUAGUGGAAAAGGCCCGUUAGCUUGGUUUGACACUACUAGAAGUACCAUGCAUUUGAUGAUGGAGAACCUUCACUAGCAUCUUCUGUUGGUGGAGUUGAAAUGUAAAAAUUUGCUGCCCAGAAAGUGCUCUGUGAACUUGGUGCUUCUCUAACACACAGCCUGGUACGAUAAGCAGGAAUCCUCCUUCAGCAGCCAGUGUUCAGAGUCUUUGGCGAUCAGACAGAAAUGGAGGAGACAGUCAGGGAGAGUCUCUGGAGACCAAUGAGAGGAAGAGGAGAAGGUGAAGGGUUAUGGCCGAGGCUGUGGGGAAACAGGCCAGCUGUCUCUUUAAAAAACGACAACAGCCCCAAACCGCCCUCAGCCUUGGCUUGGGCUAUGCUAAUGAGGUUAGUGCUGGUUGGUUGGUUCACAAUGGCGCGCCCUGUGAUUGGAUGGCGUCCGUGGGGGAGGGGCUGGGCGUGGAUGACAGCUGGGAUCCAGUCAGCCUAGAGCAGGCUGGCAAGAGAGGGAGGAAAAAUAAGAGCGGUAGAGAGAGGCAGGAAGACGGGCUGACACACUUCACAAUGCAAGGUAUCCGACCCCCCAUCCUGAAUGGGCCCAUGCACCCCCGGCCCCUGGUGGCCCUGCUGGAUGGACGCGACUGCACUGUAGAAAUGCCGAUCCUCAAAGACGUGGCUACCGUGGCUUUCUGUGAUGCCCAGUCCACACAAGAGAUUCACGAGAAGGUGCUUAAUGAAGCCGUGGCCGCCCUGCUGUACCACACCAUUACUUUAUCCAGGGACGACUUGGAAAAGUUUAAAGGCCUGCGAGUGAUCGUCAGGAUUGGCUCGGGUUUUGACAACGUGGAUGUUAAAGCAGCAGCUGAGCUAGGUAUUGCUGUGUGUAACGUGCCAGCAGCCUCGGUGGAGGAGACAGCCGACACUUCGCUAUGUCUGAUUCUCAACCUGUACAGGCGAGUCACCUGGAUGCACCAGGCCCUGAGGGAGGGAACACGGGCCUCUAGUGUGGAGCAGAUCAGGGAGGUGGCUGGUGGCGCCGCUCGAAUCCGGGGUGAAACUCUCGGGAUCAUCGGUCUAGGUCGUGUGGGUCAAGCUGUAGCUCUGCGAGCCAAGGCUUUUGGAUUUAGCGUGAUAUUUUAUGACCCCUAUCUUCCUGAUGGCGUUGAGCGUUCUCUGGGUCUGCAGCGGAUGGCCACCCUGCAGGACCUGCUCAUCCACUCUGACUGUGUGUCUCUGCACUGCAGUCUGAACGAGCACAACCACCACCUCAUCAACGACUUCACCAUCAAACAGAUGCGUCAAGGGGCCUUCCUGGUGAACACAUCCAGAGGUGGGCUGGUGGAUGAGAAAGCUCUGGCGCAGGCUCUGAAGGAGGGACGGAUACGAGGGGCCGCCCUAGACGUCCAUGAGACAGAACCCUUCAGUUUUUCAACAGGCCCCCUGAAGGAUGCUCCCAACCUGAUCUGUACCCCUCACACAUCUUGGUACAGUGAGCAGGCCUCCAUCGAGGCUCGUGAAGAAGCAGCCAGAGAAGUGCGCCGGGCCAUUACUGGUCGGAUCCCAGACAGCCUGAAGAACUGUGUUAAUAAGGAGUAUCUGAUGGCAGCCUCACAGUGGCCCAGCAUGGAGGCAGCUACUGUACACCCAGAGCUCAACGGCGCUGCCUACAGGUUUCCUCCAGGUCUCAUCAACGUGGCAGCAGCAGGGGGGCUCCCAGGAGCAGGUGCAGGCGUGGAGAGCCUGGUUUCAGGAACCCUGGCACAUGGCAUCGCCCCUGUCUCCCACCCCCCCCAUGCCCCAUCUCCGGGGCAGCCCACUAAGGCUGAGGCCGACAGAGACAUCCCCUCCGACCAAUAGCCCUUCUCUGCCGGCACCGGCACAUUCCGUCAUCUCUGGAAACCAAACCCCCACCUCCCAGGAUCAGACACAACCCGAGCCUCCGGAGCACCAGUGUGACUCGUUAUGGAUCUCCAAUCUUCUCUGAUCACACAACCAGCCCAGGAGUGACCUAUAAACAGCUUGCCCCAUCCCACCCACCAUCCCUCCAUCCUCAUCUCACCCCCCUCCCCCCUGCUCUCCCCCCACUACGUCAGCAAUAACUGUUCUCAAGGAUUCAGUGAUCGGAUUGGCUUCGUUCCUUAGUUGGCUGUCGUUUUAAUGGAAAAUGAUCUUUUGUGGUUCUAGGUGUUUCUCUUUGUUUUGUUUUUUAAUAGCUUUUCUGACAUGAGGCUUCAGUCUGCUGCCUCCAGCAGUCCUCCGCUGGUCUUCACCAUCGGCGACACCGAGACAGAACAGUUGAAGCUCCACUUUGUACAUUAAUGGCUCGUGUUACUGCUCUCUUCUUUUUGUUUUUUCCAUCCCCUCCCCCUCUGAUCGUCUUUUGAUCUGGGACGAUACGUACUGAAGUGAACCUGACAGACUCGGCCCACCAUCCUUCACUGUCUCCCUGGCCCUAACGGAAGCUCGCUCAGCAGAGGGAUCUGUAGUGCAGUCAGUGUUGAGUUCUCUAACUGUGAAAGUUUAUUAUCCUCUCAGCUCCUAGUCAGUUUAAGUGUUUUAACUUUAUUCAAAGACAGUUUUACUCAUUCAGAUUCAUCCUGUGUGUGUGUGUGUGUGCUAUCACAUCAUGAAACAAUGAUGGAGAGCAUUGCAUCACAAAGCACUUUGAUGUCCCUUCCGUGCUCAACAGCUAGAAAUGGGAAUUUUACUUUUGUGCUUUUGGUGCUCAAACACCUGCCAGCAGAGGGCGCUGUCUGCCUGGCUGCUCAUAUGCAAGGCCUCACAUUUAGGAAUAAUUUACUGCAACCAUUCACAUAACGGACCAGAGAUCAGCCUACUCAUCAUCUGAUUGGACCCCCACCCCCCCUCCACAUCCUCUCUCAUGCCUCACCCCCCACCCCCACCAUGUGUACACAGUCCAGGGCACCAGCUCCUAAAGGUGUGAGGGGACCGUGUGGAUGAGAGUCCCUGUAGGAGCAGGCGAACAGCUUGUUUGCAUUACCCCUCACUCUGCUCUGCUGUGACAAGCAAGCGUCAUCGUUCCAAAGGAUUUGCCCCUCGGAGUUUCUCUUAAAGCCCCGGAGUCGGGGAACACCUUUCUAGUACCUCAUUAACAGAUAUUGAAUGUACCAUGCAGACCCUUGUUAUCCUUUUUGUUUUGUACAGAUAUUCUAGAUACCUGUAUGAUCUCCGUUACUGGAAGGUUAGAGAAACCUAAGGAAAAGUACAACGCCCCACCAACCAAUCGGAUUGAAAGUAAAACCAACGUGCGUUUCUCCCCAAGAUUCAGACUGUAAGAGUUUUUACUGGCUGAUGAGAAAUGGUUAAAAAACAGGUGGUUUUUAUUAAACAUUGGUAAUAGAUGCUGUUAUUGUUUUUUUCCUUCCUUCCCUCAUUCUUAAGCUGCUCUACCUGUAGUGCAUGUGAGGUCAGCGUGUUUUCAGCCCAAGUUGCCAUUUUUGUCGUGGUCAGUUCCCAGUGUUGUAUAAUUUCUUUCCCUUUCAGAGUCUAUGAGAGACACGGAGCAUGUCUGUCCUGGCUCCUCUGUCAUGUGAUGAGUAUAUAUUUUUAAAAACUAGAAGAAAAAAAGGAGUAACCCCUUCAUAGUUUGGAUUAUGAGCAUAUUAGUAAUCUUAAAUUUUGCUGUUGAUGAUGAUGAUGAUGAUGAUGAUUCUAUUUUCCAGUCCCGCGCUGCACUGUUUGCAAACCUGUUUAGUUUAGUUGUACGACUUUGGUUUAAAUGGAUGAUGCUGUCUGUGUUCUACAUGUUGUACUGAAACAUUUCAGAGAAAACGAGACGCCUGCCUCCUUUUCUGUUUCGUCUGAACUCUGCUCCUCGUUGAUUCGUCUUAUCCCGCUCAUCCUUUUCCCGGCUGAUUUCCUGUGGGCCUUACUUCCUUUCUCCUCGUAACAGUAGCUGUCUUAGAAAGUCGUCACGGAGCCACUCACUGCCUUAACACAGUUGACCAGAGCAGGUGAAGUCAGGAGACGCACCCAGCUGGAGGAGAGGGGGAUGAGCUAAAAGCUCCUCACACCCGACAGGCCUGAAUUUACUGCAACUACACGUUUCCACAUUUAGCCGUUUGUUUUUCUUAUUUGAUCUCAUAAAUCUAGUGUGGAUUCUUACCUUGCAUAGCUGUUUUUUACUGUUACGGUUCUGUUUUUUUGUAAUAGAUCAAGCCCAGCAUCACGUGUGUGUUCUCACAGCUGACAUUUCACUCUUGGGUGUGAGACUGCCCCGCCACCGUCAGCCACUCCCGACGGCUCUGAGAGCAUCUCUCUCAGCACCGCCCGGGCCUCCCUGUGGUCAGCGGGGAGGAGCGGGGCGUGGUGCAGCGGACGCUGGCGUGGCGUUGACAAAAAAGCUGAAAUUUUAAGUGGGAGUCAAGUCACUUUCUCUCUCUCUCUCAGGGUUCAAAUGCACACAUAUCCUCCAGCAGUCGUCCCAUGUCUGUCCCUCGUCAGAGGUGUUCCUCACCCCUUCUCCCUCCAAACCCACCUCCUGUUUUCAGAAAGAAACCUCCCGAUCCUUCUCUGUGCACAAGUCUGAACUGUUUCUCUCUCCCCGUUUUGCUUUCUUUUGGCACUGACAUCUAACCAUCUAACAAGGAAUGAAUGAAUGUUUGAAAGUGACUGCGUGUGAUGUGAAAAUUGGGAAAUGUGUUUUUACAACAUGUGAACAUUUUUUUCCACUCACACUUGUGAAUCGAUUUUUUUUCUUUUAUCAGACUGCAAAAACCAACAAAAAACACCUAAAAAUCUGUAACUAGGCUCUUAAGCUUUAUUUUUGUUUUGUUUACUUUUUUAUUAGAAACAAUCAUGUUUGUGAUGGUAACUUCCAAUGGUAAACUCAACACCGUAUUUUAAUAAAAUCCUAAAAAUUUAA